AUGAUCUUCUUCGAUCGGUUGAGCUAUCUCUGCUGGUGUCUUCUGCCACUUCUGCUGGCUACGAAUGCCCAGCAAACCUCUGGUUUCGUGGAAGUCGAUUUGAUCUUUCCACAUAAUGAGAGCUACACGACGUCCGACUUGAUGCCUUUCGUUUUUGCCAUCCAAAAUCCCCAGCUGGCUAUUUGGUUGAACCCUAGCCUGGAGGUUUUUAUUUCGAGGUGGGAUAGCGAUCGAAACCUACAGAUCUUCCCCUGGUUUUUGGAAUUGUGGAAAAUGCAACAGGAAAUCAGACCCGAUCCUUACCUCAUUUACACGAGUCUCGGAAACAUGACUUCCAUAGAUGCGAUCUACAAGCUCGAAUGGAUUCUCACUACAUUGAGCUGUUCAGGGUCUGCCGCUGAUGGCAGCCUGAAUUUUACUCAAGUGACCCAGAAUAAAACUUUGUGGUUUAGCACCAAGAACGGGGCCCAACCACUGGAUUUGGUCGCUGCAACAAAACACGACACCUGUGCGGCAAAUGAAUCCUUGAACUUCGAUAUCUCGGGCCUGGAAAAGGUUCCUUCGAAUGAUCUAGGUAAUUUGACUUACAGCCCUUCAUGUCCCGUCCUCGCAAAUGUUUCGCUGCCUUCAGUCACCCCGACUCCUUGUGCAGUCACGAUAAACUCGACAGCUGCAUCAAGUAUCACUGCCGCUCUCAGCUAUUCUGCUUGCAUAGAUCAGGUCCCUGAUGUCUCAACCUGUGGUCCUCCUCCGGCACAGACCCCAACUGCCAGUACCAAUGCUGGGCGAACAUGGUUGAAGCCUAGGACCAGGGAACCCGUAUGGCUUGCAGGAGGCUUGGCUUGGCUGGUUUACCUACUUGGAUGA